AUGGCGGGCUGCGGGUACCCGGCGUGCGCCCCCCGCGCGUCCCCGUCCCCGUCGCCGUCCUUCCCCGGCUGCGGGCAGCUCCCGGCCGCCGCGGGCCUCGACGGCUACCAGCGGGCGCAGCUCGUGGCCCUCCUGUCGCAGGUGAGCCCGCGGCCGCGCGGCGCCGGCAGCAGGGACGCGGCCGUGCAGGUGAACCCGCGCCGCGACGCGUCGGUGCAGUGCUCGCUCGGGCGGAGCCGCCUGCCGCGCGGGGCCCGCGACCCCGGUGUCCCGGCCGGGCCCGGCCUGGGGGGGGCGGGGGGCGCCUCGUCGUCCCCGCAGCCCGAGCAGGGCCGCCCCCCGAGCCGCCCCCCGCGGCCCCCGCGCACCGCCGCCGUGUACUCGUCCGUGGCCUCCCGCCGCCUGUCCACCUGCCCGCACCGGCCCGACGGCGCGGAGGACGAGGACGAGGAGGAGGAGGGGGGCUCGGCGAGGAAGGCGCCCCCGCGGCCCGGAGAGGAAGCCGGGGGAGGCCAGGCGGCCCCGGACGCCGAGGGCCCGAGGUCGUCGCCGCGGAGCCCCGAGCCCGCCACCGAGCGGCCGCGCUUCCAGUUCUUAGAGCAGAAGUACGGCUAUUACCACUGCAAGGACUGCAACAUCCGCUGGGAAAGUGCCUACGUGUGGUGCGUGCAGGGCACCAACAAGGUUUAUUUCAAGCAGUUCUGCAGAACUUGCCAGAAGUCUUAUAACCCUUACCGGGUGGAGGAUAUCACCUGCCAAAGCUGUAAACAGACUAGAUGCUCCUGCACAGUAAAACUCCGCCACGUUGACCCCAAAAGGCCCCAUCGUCAAGAUUUGUGUGGGAGAUGCAAAGGCAAACGCCUAUCCUGUGACAGCACUUUCAGCUUCAAAUAUAUCAUUUAA